AUGCCUCCCAAGUUCGAUCCCUCCGAGGUGAAGGUCAUUCACCUCCGUGCGACCGGUGGUGAAGUCGGUGCCUCAUCCGCGCUCGCCCCCAAGAUCGGUCCUCUCGGUCUCUCGCCCAAGAAGGUCGGUGAAGAUAUCGCCAAGGCCACUGGCGACUGGAAGGGUCUCCGUGUCACUGUCAAGUUGACCAUCCAAAACCGUCAAGCCGCCGUCUCCGUCGUUCCCUCCGCUUCCUCCCUCGUCAUCAAGGCCCUCAAGGAGCCUCCCCGUGACCGCAAGAAGGAGAAGAACAUCAAGCACACCAAGAGCGUUCCUCUCGAUGAGAUCAUCGCUAUUGCCCGCACCAUGCGCUUCAAGUCCAUGGCCAAGGACCUGAAGGGUACCGUUCUUGAGAUCCUCGGAACUGCUUUCUCCACUGGCUGCAAGGUCGAUGGCCGCAGCCCCAAGGACAUCUCGGACGACAUCAAGGCCGGCGAGAUCGAGAUUCCUGAGGAGUAA